AUGUCGGAGCCGGAAAUCAACGCAAUCACGUGGCCAAAGAACGAAACACAACCGAAGCACUGGUACUUCAAAUAUAAGUAUGAACCGGACGGCGGCGGCUGUGGCUGUCCCAAUAGAGCCGAGAAUUCGGAGUUGGAUGGCAGUGAAAAUCAUCACCAUCGGUCGGAAAGUGCGUGUGACUAUGCAGUGUUAUUCUCGGUGAAAGAUAGUGCACGCGAUUUGGCUUGUGCGAUAAAGACAUUCUCGGACCUUGAAGUCCCGGUUAAACAUUUGGAAACGCGUCGAGCGACGGUUGGUGCAACCCAAGAUAUCGGCGGAUUAGAUGUUUACGCACGAACCGCAGUCCGAGCGGAGCGAAUAGAAGAUCUGACGAAAAAGUUACGUCAGAUCACUCCCGAAGGAUUCAAAGAUGCGGAAUACCGGAAAAGAAGAAACUACUUUACCGAGGUGGCAUUAAACUAUAAACAGAAUGUUAUCUACAGAGAACUGACCAAACUGUACGAAACGCAUGCUUGCAAAGAAUAUCGGGAAAAUUUGAAGCUUCUGGAACAACACGCUGGCUACUGUGAAUCGGAUCUGCCGCAGUUGGAGGAUAUUUCAAAUUAUUUGAAAUCACGAACUGGAUUCACCGUGCGACCGGUUGCUGGCUAUUUGUCGGCCAGAGAUUUCCUUUCAGGUUUGGCUUUUCGCGUAUUCUAUAGCACUCAGUACAUCCGUCACCCAAGUGACCCCAUGUACACACCGGAACCUGACUGUUGCCAUGAAAUACUUGGGCACAUGCCACUACUGGCAGAUCCCUCAUUCGCAAGGUUUUCACAUGAAAUGGGGCUUGCAUCGUUGGGUGCCUCGGAUGAGGAGGUGAAGAAAUUGGCUACCUGCUAUUUCUUUACAAUCGAAUUUGGUUUGUGUCGUCAAAACGGACAACUGCGCGCAUACGGAGCCGGUUUACUGUCAUCUAUCGCGGAACUGAAACAUGCAUUGAGCGACAAAGCUGUCAUCCAGCCGUUCAUUCCGAGCGAAGUGAUGAAGAAGGAGUGCCUAGUGACCACGUUUCAAGAGGGCUAUUUUGAAACACCAUCGUUUGAGGAUGCAACAAAUAAAAUGAGACAAUUUGCGCAAACGAUCAAACGUCCAUUUGAUGUACUCUACGAUCCGUACACCCAAUCCGUUGAAGUGGUGGACAAGCCGGACAAAACGAGAUGGCUUAUCGAACGGAUAAACUACGAUCUGUCACUUUUGAAGCAAACAUUGGACAAGGCAAGUCAGUCGGUAAAUGUGUAA